GGGAGAGAGGAAAACAACUGAAACAACCCUGAUUCAUCUGUUCGAGAUCCUCAUGGUGAUGAAGCUCCGUGUGUGCCUCGGCGGCCUGCUGCUUGCCGGUGUCAUCGACGCAGCUCCCGAUGCACCACCUGACGGCAAGAAACCCGCUAAGGUAUGUUUGCAUGGAUCAGAUUGAAGUGAUCUCGGCAUGAUGUUCUGGUGUGUUCAGGAGUUGGAAUGCCAGUCGUGCAUCGAGUGCCGUCAGCCGAUCGGCUGCCCAUGCCAAUGCGACAACAUGUGCAUCUCCGGCAAGUGUCACGAUGGCAUCUGUAAGUUCUGCUGACUGAGUGGUUGCCUUCGCACGUCCACGCUCAUUGUGGGUGUGGGGUCGUCAUGCGUGCAGGCGUUGCUGCUGGCUUCCUGAGGCGCAUGCAGGACGACGAGGAUGACUCGAACAUGCCCAUCGACAAUGACACUGAUGAAGAUGCGGAGGUGCGACCACACAGAACAGACCAGCCCUCACCUGACGCUUCUUACCCCUUGCUUCUGCUCCUUCUCUCAGGAAGGGGCGCUUGCCAUACCUGACGGCGUCGAGGUCGCUGAUGGAGAGCCGGUCGACCCCGAGGUGGGCGAACAAGACCUACACAUACAGACAGAGACCUCCACAUUGCACCCAGACAGACAGAGCCCCGCACGUUUGACUGUCUGCACGUGUGUGUGUGUGUCAUGUGUGUGCAGGAAGACGAGGAUUCCCCACUUGAUGUGGCCGAGACCCCCGGUGAGGACCUCGCUGCCCCAGAGGACCAGGGCAACGAGGAGGGCAAUGGUGGUGCUCAGCUGAGAUCGCUGGGGCCCUGGGGGCGUCGCCACCGAAGGCACCGCCGCAGAUGGCGCCGCAGACACCGCAGGUGGCACCGCCGCCACCAUGGACACCAUCACCAUCACCACCACCAUGGACAUCACCGUCAUCACCACUGAGGUGCACCCACGCGCUUGCAUGGCAGAGGUUGGUGUGUACGUAUGCUGAUCUCUCUGUCUGCGUUUGUGCAGCUGAAGGCCCGAGUGCCGGAGAGGAGGGGAGGGGAGGGAAGAGUGGGCACACUGUUCUGCUGUUAUCGCAUCGACAAGAUGGCUCUUCGCUGCGUGCCCAUACGGUCUACUGACUGCUCUGUCUUCUUUGCUCAACAUAUAGUAGGUCUCUCAGGAUCUGUGUCUUUUACUGCGUUUUCUUUUUCCUUUUUGUAAAUACCAACCGCUCUGCUGGGCUGCGAUUGCGCCAUGUUGUGAGAGGGUGUGGCUCAGGCAGGUAGACCGUGGCCAACUAGUCCCAUUUUAGGUCAUAUUUGAUCGAUUCAGUAGCCUGCUGCGUGCUCGUCCACCGAGCCGUCGUGUGAGAUGUCCGCCAUCCAUGGGCAAGGGCAAGGUCAUCAUUGUUUGUCAGUCGUGGGGCGACAUGGGAGAGGGGGAACACAUCGCCGGUUGGUUGUGUCUGGGGGAGGGGGGACGGUCACCAGUGUCAGUCACGAGUAUCUGAGUAUGUGUGUGUUGUCUCCUGUCUCUUUUUCCGUCGUGGAGUGCUGCCUUAUUGCCUUUCUGUUGGCUACUGCUAGCAUUCCCUUGCACUGCUGUCCUGGGUGGUUGAUUCGUCGUAUGUCUGAUUGUAUUUGAGGCGGAUGCAUUGAGCGUAAGCUGUUCAUAUCGACGUGAUUUACCCAGUACAGUAGGUCUGUGUCGCAAGUUCAAAAUUACAUGGAGGUGGGAGCCGUCAUCUACCCGUAAUAGACGUGCAUGCACUUUACAAUC